UGCCGCCGGCGCAUAAUACUGUUAUGCGCGAGGUUCUACUUAAACACUUGCUGCGGUUCGUCGUCCAUCAUUAUGCGGUAACAAGCUUGGCGCCGCCCUGGUAGUCCUCAAUCUCGUGGAAUUUGCAGUCGCGGAAGAAGGGGAGUGCCAUCGACUCUCAAUGGACGCCAGCUAUCUGAUUGACCUCGAUGCCUCCUCCGCCUUCUUCUCUAACCCUCCGUCGCCGCUACUCCUCUCGCCGUCUCGGAGUCUCCCGCAUCCCACUCUAUCACAUCCUUCCCCUACACCUCCCCAAGGGAUAUUUAUCAACAAGCUCAUUGAAUUCCCUGGACAUACUGAUUCUGAAAAGGAAGAUGAUAAUUUGCAAAAUGACAAGAUAAGGUCUUCUCCAAUGCCGUCAAUUAAAGAGGUUUCUGAUUUUUCCUAUAUGAUGAAGGAGAGGAUGAUGCAGGCGCUACGAUAUUUCAAGGAAUGGACAAAUCAUCAUGUGCUGGUGCAGUUUUGGGUACCUGUAAGGAAUGAGGACCGAUAUGUUCUGACGACAUCUGAGCAGCCCUUUGUGCUUGAUCCUGAUGCUAAUGGACUCCUUCAGUAUCGAACUGUGUCAUUGAUGUACUUGUUUUCAUUUGAUGAAGAUAAUGAUGGGGCUCUUGGCCUUCCAGGCCGGGUUUUCAAGUUAAAACUGCCAGAGUGGACACCCAAUGUGCAGUACUACAGCAGCAAAGAAUACCCGCGUCUGAGUCAUGCUCUCCUUUACAAUGUAAGGGGAAGUCUUGGUUUGCCAGUUUUUGAACCUUCUAGUCAGUCCUGUGUUGGUGUUGUUGAGCUUAUAACGACAUCAGAAAUGGUCAACUAUGCUCCAGAGGUUGAUAAAGUGUGCAAAGCUCUUGAGGCGGUAAACCUGAGAAGCUCAAAAAUCUUGGAGGACCAGAGUAUUCAAUCUUGCAAUGAGGGACGCCAUGCUGCUCUUGUUGAAAUUCUGGAGAUUUUAACCGUAGUCUGUGAGGCUCAGAAGCUACCUCUUGCUCAGACUUGGGUUCCAUGCCAGCAUGACAAUAUUCUUGCACAUCGUGAUAGUCCAACCUGUGAUGGAAGUUGCAUGGGUCACGUUUGCAUGUCAACGUCUGGUGCAGCAUUCCAUGUUGUAGAUGCUCACAUGUGGGGAUUUAGGGAUGCUUGUUCUGAGCAUCAUCUGCAGAAGGGUCAAGGUGUUGUAGGGCGAGCAUUUGCUGCCAAACACUCUUGUUUCUGCAGCGAUAUCACCAAGUUCAGCAAGACUGAGUAUCCACUGGUUCACUAUGCACAGAUGUUUGGUUUAGGAAGUUGUCUUGCUCUAUUCCUCCGGAGUUCCCAUUCAGAGGAUGAUGUUUACAUUGCAGAGUUCUUUCUGCCAUCAGACUGCAAGGACCUUAUUAGGCAGCGUGCUCUGUUGGAAUCAAUAUCAACGUUGCUGAAGCAGAGUUUUCAGAGCUUAAAGGUGAUUAUUGGUGCAGAGGUAGAAGGUCAACCUUUUGAAUUUAUAGACAUCAUUUCCUAUGCAAAUCAUGAAAUGCAGCAUGUUCAAGAUGCAUUGCCUACGAUCAACACCCUUGAAGGCCUACAUGAAAAGGAGUGCAAGUGUAAUACUGAUCAUAGUACACCAGAACAGCAUUUGGUGUCAUGCAUUAAUUCUGAUAAGAGCACUACCCUGCAUGAGAAUGGAUGUAUUCCUGCAUCGACAAUCAUUACCAAUGAAGUAGCAGGGAGGAAGCGAGGCAAGGCUGAGAAAAUAAUUAGCUUGGAGGUCCUUCAACAAUAUUUUAAAGGGUGCCUCAAAGAUGCUGCGAAGAGCCUUGGUGUCUGCCCCACCACACUGAAACGCAUCUGUCGGCAGCACGGCAUUUCACGGUGGCCUUCGCGCAAGAUCAAUAAAGUCAAUCGCUCUAUUUCAGAGCUGAAACAUGUCAUUGAAUCAGUUCAGAAUGUAGAUGUAGCACUUAAUGUAAAUCCUCUGAUCCGUCCACUUCUACUUACACCAGGCACCAUGUCCUUGCCUGUCCAAUUAGAUAGAGAUUCUGUAUCGAGAGCCGAAAACACUUCACAUUUCAAAACAUUGGAGGUUAAUGAUUCACAUGAUAAAGUAACAUCAAAGGAACAACCUUUUUCUACAAAUUCAAAUCAGUAUGCAAGUGUGAUUAAUUUCCUAGAGGAUCAAAAUAUGGUCCCUCUUUCGUCGCGGACCGACGUUGUUCUCGAGCCAGAGCUUGCAGAGUCUGAUAUUCUUAUUGAAGAUUCAACGAGCUCAAAAUCAGCGAGAAAUCCCCCAUCCACUUUCAUUCAGGACCGAAAAACUGUCGUCGUAAAGGCUCAUUAUAAGGAGGACAUCAUAAGGUUCCGCAUGGUGAAUGAUGCCGGCAUAAUGGCACUCGCGGAGGAGAUUGGUAAGAGGCUGAUGCUGGAAGUGGGCUCAUUUGAAAUCAAGUAUUUAGAUGAUGAUCAUGAUUGGGUUAGGCUUCAUUGUGAUGAAGACCUGGAGGAGUGCUUGGAGAUCUCCUCAAUGUCGGAUUCAUCAGUUAUUAGACUCUCAGUUCAAGACAUUUGUCUGAAAGCUCCAAAAAAUGUGAGGCCUGAAAUGUGUAUUCCAUGACUCAGGGCCAAUUGGCUUGUACAUAUCCAUUGUUCCUGUGUGUGGUAUUACUACCUUUAUUGCUGUAUCAUUUCAUAAUGUCAUCUAAAUGAAGUUCCAUUCAGUAUUUAUUUACACUCGGCCUAAAUUAAUGUAUAUAAUUUGGCAUGGUAUGGUAUAUAUUUUAUG